AUGGGCUUUAGCAAAGGUGGGGUUAUGGGUGGUUUGGCCAACCUCGUCCCCAGUCCACAACUUUACACCAUGAAAAAGAUGUAUCAGCGUGGCGAAUCAAUAUGUUGUGGAGGUCAAGUAUUUGAUCAAAAAGCAUACGGUUGUUGUGUCAAUGUGCAUUAUUUACUGCGCACUCAAUUUUGCUGUGAUAGAAAGGUGAUUGAAAAAAAAAGUAAUUUGACCACAAGCAAAUGUUGUGGGGACAAAGAAAAAACACUUUAUGAUGAGGAAACAGAUAUAUGCUGCAAUGGAAAAGUUUACCAAAAACAUUACGGUAGUCGCACGAGAUGUUGUGCAAAAAAGAUUUACGAUGCAAAACAAAAUGGCUGCUGUAAUGGGAAGAGUCCAGGGCUUAUCUGUUAUGAUUUUGGAAACGAUGAUUAUUGA